AUGCCCGCUGGGCCGGGCUCCCCCAGCCGCGGCUCUGGGCCUCUGUCAGCCUGCCCUGGGCCCGGCGACGGGGUCGGCCGUCGGGCCGGCGACAGGGGGUGCUUGUCUCCAGCCCAGGACCAGGGGGUCUGGAGUGUCAGCCCCGGGGUCACAGCCCGGACAUUUGGGGGACCUUCUUUCAGCAGGGGACAGCGUGAUCAGGGACAAUGGCAUCUGUCAUCCAUACUUUGGUUCUCUGUGUGGGCCUCCUCGCCUUGGCCAAGGCAGAAGCUUCACCGGAACACGACCCAUUCACUUAUGACUACAAGUCCCCUGAGGAUCGGAGGCCUCACUAUCGCCGGGAUCCUCUUCAUCCUGGGCAUCCUCAUCAUCCUCAGCAAGAAAUGCCGGUGCAAGUUCAACCAGCAGCAGAAAACUGGGGAGCCUGAUGAAGAGGAGGGAACUUUCCGGAGCUCCAUCCGUCGUCUGUCCACCCGCGUGCGGUAGAGCAUCCCGAAGCCACGGAGCCCAGAGCAGCCCCGCAGCGCAGCCGGGCUGGGGGGAGGGAGGGGGAAGGAGGGGAGGGGGGGAGAGAGAGGGGGAC